AUGAAAAAUGUUAAGUACAAUGAAAAUUAUUCGUACGAAGACGUAGAAGCAAUCUGCAAGUUCUUGUUGGAAAAAUCUCAUUAUCGUCCAAAAAUUGGAAUUAUUUGCGGUUCAGGACUGUCAAACUUAGCUGAUAUAUUACAGGAACAAGAAGUAAUUGCAUAUUCGGAUAUACCGAAUUUUCCCACAUGUACAGUUCAAGGCCAUAGGGCAUGUUUAGUUUUUGGGAUCUUAAACGAUAAACCUGUUAUCUGUAUGCAAGGGCGAUUUCAUAAGUAUGAAGGUUAUUCAACAUCUAAGGUUGCAUUACCUGCUAGGCUUAUGUAUCUACUUGGAGUUGAAAUUAUGAUAGUGACUAAUGCCGCCGGCGGUAUUAAUAGCGAUUAUGAUCCAGGUAACAUUAUGAUCAUAAAAGAUCACAUCAAUUUUCCUGGUAUGGCAGGUGGUAGUGUUUUACGAGGGCCUAACGAUGAAAGAUUUGGUCCACGUUUUCCAACUAUGAAUAAUGUAUAUAAUGACAAGCUGAGAGAACUAGUGAAAGUAGCUGCCAAAAAUUGUGGAAUAUCUAAUAUCAGAGAGGGUGUAUACUGCUUUCUAGGAGGGCCCAGCUUUGAGACGGUUGCUGAACUGCGCUUCUUAAAAGCAGCUGGUGUGGAUGCUGUAGGAAUGAGUACUGUGCCCGAAGUUGUUGCUGCGGGACAUUGUGGCUUGAAAGUGUGUGGUUUAUCGUUAAUUUCUAAUAAAGCCAUCAUGGAUUACGAUACUGAUGAUAAGCCUAAUCACGAAGAAGUUUUAGAUACGGGAAAAACUAGCUGUGCUAACAUACAGUCGUUAGUAUCAGAUCUUUUAAGACUUAUAGAAGUGUAG